ACUGCCGCCACAGCUUUUGUUUGAUGACUUUUUGUCGCUUUUUUGUCCCUUGGGAGGGAUUUUUUUCUCUCAUUUCAGCCUACAAUCUUUUUUGCUUUUCCAAUCUCGAAUACUAUUAAUAUUACGUGCAUAUAUAUAUUUGUUUCAUUACCUGAGAAAUGUUCAUCUACAACUGGUUCUGCAACAUACUGGCCGACUGGGGUCUGCUCAACAAGAAUGCCAAGCUGCUGUUCCUUGGGCUCGAUAACGCCGGAAAGACCACACUCCUGCACAUGCUGAAGAACGACCGGCUGGCGACGCUCCAGCCCACGCUGCACCCCACAUCCGAGGAGCUGUCCAUCGGCAAUGUAAAGUUCAACACGUUCGAUCUGGGCGGCCAUCAGCAGGCGCGCCGGCUGUGGAGAGACUACUUCCCCGAGGUCAGCGGCAUCGUCUUCCUGGUCGACGUGGCCGACAAAGAGCGGUUUGCCGAGGCCAAGGCCGAGCUCGACGCACUGCUGGCCAUCGAGCAGCUGCAGACCACGCCGUUCCUCAUUCUCGGAAACAAGAUCGAUGCGCGCGGCGCCGUCUCGGAGGAGGAGCUGCGGACCCAGCUUGGGCUGCACCAGACCACCGGCAAGGGCAAGGUGCCACUCAAGGACAUCCGCCCCAUCGAAGUUUUCAUGUGCUCGGUAGUCAUGCGCCAGGGCUACGGCGACGGCUUCCGCUGGCUGUCGCAGUACGUGUAGGGCGGGCGCUGCCGACAAGCAAGGCGGGCGGGCUGCUUGCGCCGUCCCUCGACUGCCCACACGGGCCGCGGUCAUCUUUGGUUUCAAUAAAUAAAAGUAACUCCAAAAACCCACUUGCCCAUUUCAUUGAGCGGCGAUGAUGUGUUGUAUGGUAUCCACUGUUUUUAUUUGCAA